AUGGCCAGACAGAGACAUGCUAAGAUUCCGGAUGGCAGCCAUGUGGCAUCUGCACAGCCAUUAUUCACACAGUGCCGAACUGUCUUCUGGCCGCUGAUGCACUCCACAUUGGCUGCAUCUGAUCCACAUUCCAUUAGGCAGAAUUGUGCAUGGAAACAUGUGAGAGGAAUCAAGGAUUUAGGAUGUGGCAGGCAUCAGACCUGGUAGCCUAGAGUAUCUGUCCCAGCAGGCCCUUCACUUGGUGCACGCCAAAUGCAGUCUCCGUUGUGUGUAGUGAGCUUGUGUGUGUCACAGUGCUUGUGACUGUAUGUGUGUUUGUGCCAGAGAGCUAGUGUGUGUUGGAUCAUAUGGGUGAUACAUUAUAUUGCCACACCAAUUUGAUACUUACAGAGGCGUGGUGCGUGUGAUGUCACACCAUUAGAGCAGAGGGGAGCAAAUAUCCUUGCACCAGACCUGCUUCUCAAAUACUGUUGUUCUUGGUGUGCCUAAAACAUAUUUUCUUCGUUUUGUGUGAACAUAGAAUGCUGAAAGAAUAUUUUACAUAAUAAUGCAAUCAAUCCUUAAUUUAACUUACAAGUAAACAAUAACACGGAACAUAUUUUUUACACAUACUAUCAGCUAAAAUGGAUAUUAUAGGCAUCAAAACAACUUUAGCUUAUUAAAGCAGUUUUGGUGUAUAGAUCAUGCCCCUCCAGUCUCAUUGCACAAUUCUCUGCCAUUUAGGAGUUCAGGCACUCUUGUGUCUGUAUAUGCAGCCUUAGCCACACUUCCCCUGGCUGUGACUCACACUGCAUGCAUUAAAAAAAAAUGGUUUCAGAGGUAAACUUGCUUUAGAAUUUAUCUCCUGCUCUAUAAAUUAAACUUUAAUCACACACAAAAGUGUUUAAGAGGCUAUUAACAAGAUGUAUAUACCUACUGUUCACGAUAUUUUCUUUUUGUUAUCUUUUGAAUGUAAACGCUAACAAUUGUUUGCAGUAUUUCAUGUUAAUACAAAAUAAAGAAUAAAAAAAAAAAGAAGCUAUUAACAGAGCAGGAAAUAUGAAAUUCUAGAUUAAACAGACGGUGCAGUUAAGGAACCCAAAAUACCUGGAUUCCUUUUCAGGAAGUGUCUAGGAAGGCUGCAAGUCACGUGCAGUUUGAUGUGACUAGGGUGGCAUAAAUAAAGGGAUUUAACUCCUAAAUUGCAGAGAACUGAGCAGCGAGACUGCAGUGGCAUGAACUAUACACCAAAACUGCUUUGUAAGGUAAAAUUGCUUUGGUGCUUAAAGUGUCCCUUAUAGCGACUGUAGCAUGAACACCACAGAAUCUGCCUAGGUGUCCUUUAUGCUUUCAUGAAAGGAUUUUCCAAAUAUAAUUUUAUAUAGUGUGCAGUUUACUAUAUUUUAUUCCAUAAUUUUAUUUUUAUUUAUCUACAGGUACGUUUGCAAGGAAGCUUUUUGGAUGGCCCCGGAGCAGGCCAGAUGGAAGAGGAAAGUACCAACCAUCAUGAGGGUAGUAGAUUGGGUCCACUCCUAAUACAUCCAGUGCCUGCUAGCCAAACCAAUAUCUCACAGCAACAAAAUGGGAACCUGACAUCCGAGUGCUCUCAUGUCCAAGUUAAUGGAGACAAGUAUUUAGCAACAAAAAGCAGCUUCAGCAUCACACAUAUGAAAGGAAACCAGGAAUGUGCCGAUUCUGACCCACUGCAUGAAAACAGAGAUUAUCCCAACCGUAUUGAAAAUGGCGGCUUCAAGCGUACUUUUAGUGAUCCUUUGAUUUCUGAAUCCAUUCAUUUGAAAAAAGUGAGAGUAUGCGAAACAGUUAAUGGAGAAAAACAAGGUGACCUGAAAAAUAUUCAACCAAGUGUCUUUGAUUUUGUCUGUAAAGAUGAUUCGGCAAGAAUAUCAGAACAGAAAAAUAAAGGGUUUCAGGUUCCCAGUGAGCAAUGUAAAGACGUGAAUUCCCAUAACAGAGACAUUGUCUUAGGUCUUGCGGCUAGGACAGUGCCAAUGUCAAACGGUGCUAGCUUUUCUGCUUCUUCCAUGGAAACGAUUCACCAGGAACUCCUGGAGAAAACAGAUCCUCAAUAUUAUAACAACAAUGUUUCCACUGCAGUGCAGAAACAAUCGCCUCACAUGGAUGCCAUUAACACUCAAACGGAUGCUAGCAAUGAAUUGUCUACCCAGACAAUUCAUUCAUCACAUACCUCAGGGCAGAUCACCUCCCAACAAACUUUGAAUUUGGUGCUGCCUCAAGAGCCAGAUGCAAUGGCUGUUGAGGCUUCCAAUGGUGAGAGCUUCAGUGAGCAAGCUGUAAUAUCCAGAAACUACUCACUUCACAUACAUGAACAACAACCACUUCCACAGGAUACACCCAAAUAUAACUCCCAUACAUCUAUAUCUAACAGGAACUGUAACUCACAUGGACCUGCAGAACAUGCUUCAAACCAUCAACAGGCUGUUUCUACCAAUGAUUCUUUCCUUUUCAGAAAUAUGAGAAAUGAUGAGAAGUUAGAUCAUGAAAAGAAGGAUCCUUUUACUUCCCUACAGUUCAAUAAAUUGCUGUAUUCCCAAGAAAGUGAAGGUUUUAAUUCCAUUCAGAAUACGUAUGAUGAAACCAUUUUCAAUUCUUCCCUAUCCAGUCAGUCUGGUAAGCUACAUGAUCAGGCAGUUUCUUCUCAGUCUUCUGUUCUGCACCCCCCUACAGUUAUAAAACAUAUGAUGCUACCCACAGAAUUACCUUCACCUCAGUGCACAGCAGUGAGAGAGGCAUCAUCCAAAAGCUCUAUUGCUAACAGAUGUAUCUCAAAAAAACAGUCAGAAAAACAAACACCCCUCCAAGAGAUUGGCCAAGAGAGUUGCAAUGGUGUAACAAAAGAAAGGGAACAAUUCAUGCAGCAAACGAAUCCAUAUUUGAAGACAAGCUGGUUAGAAAAUCGUCCCAAUUACUGUAGGCAAAAAGAUUCUUCCCAGAAGUCAUCAGAGGAUUUGUUGCAAUUACUAAUUCAGUCUCAGUCGCAAAGCCAGAUGAAGCUAAAGCAAUAUACAAGAAAACCUGGAUUAGUUGAUCUUAGUCCGCGUAACCCUGAAUCACCAACAAAUGGGGUUUUACAUCAGUCAGAUAGUCCUGAUCAGCAGCAACAUUUCCAAAAGCACUUAUCACAAACAAAGAUUGACUCCCAGUUACAAUCCUAUACACAGAAAAAUAAAGCAAAUUGUUUUGGCUUUCAGUCUAUGCCAGAACAAGAAACUCAGCAUGCAUUUGACCAAGUCUUGAAACAGCACUUAAAAUUAGAGACUUCAAAGGCUGAGUUAGUUUCCCAUAAUUUGCAACAUGCAAUACACCAGCAACAUACAAAACAAUGUGAAAGUCCACGGCUAAACCUUAACAAACAUCUUCAGCAGAAACAGAGCAAAGAGGAAUUAUCACAAGCCUAUGCUAGCUCUAUGUACAAAUGUAAUCAAUCUAGAGGGAGCACACAAAACUCCUUAAAUCUAGAAGAAAACACGCAUUCAAUAAAUCCUUACCCAAAUUCCAUUGGUUACCAAUUUUCUGCUGAAGACUUGGAGAGGGAAUUGAGGAAAUACUCAAGCAGCACAAUUGCAGCCCUUCAUCAAAAUCAUGAACCAAACAUGCAAAUUAUGGGACCUUCUUGUGUAGGCAAAGAGCUAUAUACACCAGAGAAGAUUGAAUUUGGCAAAAGUAAUGGUAAAGACGUGACCGAGGAAUUGCAGCAACAUAUGAGACAUUAUCAGAAUCAUAAUAUUCAACAGCAUGACACACUCAAUUACAACAACAAACAAAAUAACAGGGUUCCCUUUUCUAAUCCUUCACAUCCGCUGAAACAAGAGAACAGCAGACUAAAUCAUGAAGUUCCAAGAAGCAUGGAACACCAAAAAAGAUACUUACCACAAAGCCAUCCUACAACUAGUCUUUCACAAGAUCAAACAAGGUAUCAUUCUCAGUUUGCAAACCAAGUAGAUUGUAUCCCAAAAUAUGCUGCUCUGCGGCAUCACUUGCUUCAGCGCAGAGAGCAACAAAAGCAUGAAAGUUCUCAUGGGCGUAGAUCUGCAAAAUUAGAGAACAACUGCAUGCGUACACCCGGGGAAAACAAAGCCGGGAGAAAAACAAUCAAGCAGGAGAGUCAGCAUUUUGGUACAGAGAUCAUGCAACAAAAGAGUAUAAUUGAAACAAUGGAACAGCAGAUGAAACCGUAUCCUGGCAAAUCGGUGUUUCAUAAUCAUAUAUCAACAAUUAAAUCACCCAAGCAUGUUAAGGUAGAGUCGUCAGGUCCCAUUACAAUUCUAAGUACACACACUAAUUCUUCUACACUAGACCAACAACCCAUUCCUCCUCAAGAAAAAACCCCAACCAAGAGGGCAGCAGGAUCUGCUCUGAAUAAUUUUUUAGAAUCGCCUUCAAAGCUUCUGGGCACACCUAUUAAAAACCUUUUGGACACCCCUGUGAAAACACAGUAUGAUUUUCCAUCGUGCAGCUGUGUAGGUAAGUGAUAACUUUGCUAUACAAUACAUUUUGCAGGAAAAGCUGUAAUAAUUUUUGUUUCAAUAGUAACAUCAAGUUUAAAAACUGCCACUUUCUAGUCAUGAAUUUUCUUAACAGGCUAUAUGUCAUUGAGAUAAAAUGUCACAAAGCGUCCUGACUUUCCAGUUGUACAGAUUUCGAAAAAACUUUUUAAUUUUCUAUAUUUUGACACAGAAUCCUUUUUAUCUAUCUUAUGCAAAGGAAUAAUAAUCUAGUGUGUUGAUGUUCAGAGUGAGUCUUAUCAUCAGAUAACGUGUCGUGAUUUACAUGUAUGGAAUAAAACAUCUGAAAUUUUGGUUUGAACAGAACAAAUCAUUGAGAAAGACGAAGGACCCUACUAUACACAUCUUGGAGCUGGACCUAACGUAGCCACCAUCAGGGAAAUGAUGGAAGAAAGGUAAUCAACAUACACAGCCAUUUAAAAAAUAAAUUAUGCUUAUAUGGGUUACUGUUAAGCUUCUAAGCUGUUAAGUAUAUUAAAUAUAGUAUAUACAAUACAUGUUGUACAUGUUUGUAUAGGUGUAAAAUGUAUCAGUGUGUGGGCUUGAAUCGCAUAUGUGUAGGAAAAUUUCUAUACAUGCAUAUUUUUUUAGUUCUACAUAAGAAAAUGUAGGGAGUACUUUUUUUCAAAUGGUGGUUGUAAUUUGGCAAUGGGUUAAGCUAAAGAAAGCCCCAUUUCAGUUGCUAAUUCACUCACAAUCCAUCAGUCAAAAGAAUCCCACCAAAGGGCAAACUGCAGACAUUGUGGACAGAGGAGAAAAAAAAAGAAGCGCACAGAUUUUGAAAUUCAGCACAAGGAAGUAAAGAUAAUACAUAUUAACUAAGCCAAAUAACAAACUCAUCUUACAGGGCUGUUCACCAAACUCCAGAUUCUGUCCAGAUCGAAAAUAUUCAAUCAAAAUUACUAAAUUCCAAUCGCAAUUGCAAUUCCAUUAUUUACUGUAUCCAAAUAUUGUCGGGACUCUGUUAACUCAGGCCAAUCAGCUGCAAUUGAGAUGAGUCAAACGGGGGAUAAAAUAAUUAUAAAAACAGAUGUUUUAUAACGUAUUUAUUAAAAUAAAAUAUAUACCGGUAUAUAAAAAGCCAUAUAUAUAUAUAUAUAUAAUAUAAUGAGGACAAACAAAGAAAAAGCAAAAGAAAGUUCAAAUAUAAGUCCAAGAGUGAAUCCAAAUGGUAAAACUUGCUGGAAGAUAAAACCUCAAAGAGUCAGGGUAGUUCCUCUGGAAUGGGGUCAGAUCAGAGUAUUCUUGGCAGCCAUAUAUGCAACAGAAAGAGAGAACUAAUGGUGCAGAAAAUCCCAGAAUAACAUAAAAGUAAAUAAAACGUCUAUGGUCAUACUUACAUUUGAUAGAGCUUGACCUAGCUCUAGUCUGAAUGUCAUACAGUGGUACAAUCCCCACUUAUAGGAUAAGUGAGACGGUGUAGGUAGGCUGGUGUAUCAUCGGUAUGAAGAUCAUACAAAAUAUAAAAGAGACAGCAGUUGUGCUCACAGUAUAAAAGGUACCCGGAGCAUAGAAUAUAGAAUAGGUGUUCACAUUUAAUUGGGCAGAUUAACUGCUCAAUGUGUAGGCGUAAGUGGUAUAAUCCCCACCGUGGAUCCUUUUAGCGUAGUCCUCACAGGAACUUAAAAUCGGAUGCCAGGUAGAAAAUAAUAAAGUAAAAUGGCACACUCACAGUGGAAAGAGGCCAAAAUACGUUAAUUAAAAUACAAUUUAAAACAAACAGUUAAAAUAUCCACAACGCGUUUCACCAAAGUGGCUUUGUCAAGUGGAGGUAGAAAAAGUUAAACAUUUUUGUAUUUUUAGUUAGGUAUAUUAGCGCUGAUCUUUUUUUAUCCUUUUGUCAAUCUGCUGCAAUUGUCCUGAUGUAUUUAGUGUCUGCGUUAUAAUCUGUGCUUGCGCAUUUAAAUGUACAAAAUAUAUGAUUCAAAGACAUCACAAAGCAUUGAUUUUAAACUGAAUGGGGACAAAAUGCAUGCAGCUUAAUACAUAUUUAUAAAUUAUAUAAUAAUACAUAUAAAUAUAUAUGAUAAUACAUAUAAAUAUAUAAAUACAUAUUUAUAAAUUAUAUGAUAAUUUUAAGCAAUAUUAAGUCGUAGUUGGAUAACCUUAGCAAUGCAAGGGUUAUUUAUGUGGCAACUAGCCGGUACUUGUGAGCCAUUCGCCACAUAAAAUAAAAUUGAUGGGGGUUAAAGGACGGUUCAAAACCUUCCUCUGCCCACAUCUACCAUGCAUGUCUACUAAACAUAUAGCAAUAGCGACUGGGCAGCCAUUGGGGAUGGGGCAUUCAGACAUGAGUAACCACACUAAUCUUAAAACAUCACAUUGCAUGUAUGUAGUUUGCUAGCAGAAUUGUUGGCAAAUGUCUAGAUUUCUAUAAAUUUAGAGGUUGAAUUGCAAUACUUUCCUCCUCUGCCCAGUCACUUCAGGCUGUGCAGAUCAGCACAAACAUAAGAACGCUGUGUUCUGCAUGCCUGUUAUCAUGGAAACCCGUAGACGUCUCUACUGCUUGCAUUUACCCUAAGAGAAAGCAAUGUCUGCAAGUGGGGAGGGUAGGCUCAGUGUGAGAGCAGCAGCCGCAAAGUAGAGAGAAACAGCCACAAGGAUUUAUUGUAGGAGCUUUGGAGGCAGUCUGAGAACGCAAAGAGAAAGCGCAAAUGGCUUAUUUUACAUACAUAAAGUGAUGGGACUUUUUUUUCUCAGUCUGUUUUUAAUUGAACACAGAUUUUAAAUACAAAUGUGUACAGUUAUGGCAGGAGUAAAGCCAAGCAUUGGAGAUAGAAACAAGCUUCACAAUACAUGUCAAGGGCCUAACUAUGACAAUAAAGAGUAACUAAGAGCAUGCAGAGACAUAUGUGACGUAUAGAUGUUAUAGGCCUUAUUUUAUAAAAAAAAAAAAGAAAUGAAAGCAAUAAAAUACAGUGCAAUGUGACUAAUCCAAAAUAGUAUCUUAACAUAAUGAUGUACUGAUGGUGAUAAGCAAACAACAAUAGUAAUAAAGUAAAUUAUUCAAGGUUCACAUACGAGAAUAAUGUGCCACCGCGGAUGGCUCUAGUGGUAAAUGCGAAUGUCCAAGAUAUAUGGGACAUAUAAUGUGUGGUCAGCAGAAAAAUAGCACUUUCAACUUAGGAGAAAAGGACAAGCAGUAACAUAGAAUUGAGCUGAAGAGCAAGGCUUGGUAGGCUUAGGGACACAGAAGUGGCCGAUGCAGCACUUAUGAGAUAGGGUGUCUCAGUGCUGUAAUCCGCUUAACUUCCGUUGGCUUUGGAAGCACCCAGCUCCGAUGCAGGCCGGAACUCCUUGCCCCAUAUGUGCUGGCGAUGCAUAAUUUGGGUGCUCUCCCAGUACAUGACCGGUCUGGAGGCCGCUGGAGAAAGAAUCCUCAGCUGAGUGAUUCUGUGAGUUUUGUAGGGCAGGCUGCUGGAAGAACAGCUUCCUCCAAAAAUCAUCAAGGAAUUUGUCCAGCCUGGAUAGCGCUCCGGACAUCACUCCUCCAUAACAGAUGCCAAUUUGGGUACUGUUGCUGUUUGCGGUGCAACACAUCACUGGUGAUGUGAAAGAGCCUCCAGGGUGGGGACCAUCAAUGUGGCUGAAGAUCAACAUACGCUGGUUGGGGAGAACGGCACCUCUCCCUUCUGCGCCUGCUAACCCUCACACCAGUCAGCAGAGAACUCCAUCCGGACGGCUGCUACUGACCGCUGGAAGUACCCCCAAGGCGGCCAAUCGAUGCGGAGCACACAAGCUGACUCCAAGAGAGAGCCGAGGCCAGGUAAGCAGUUCAAAAUGUCUGAUUUAAACUGAGCAUCAGAAAAAGACAUCUGCCCAAAAUCGGAGUCAGGCCCUACUCCCCAGUGAUGGGACUUUUCACCCAUUAUGGGAUGCAAAUAAGUACCUCCCAAACGGGGGGGGUGCAGCUGAAGUGAGCAUGUAUACCACCCACUAAAAACAUUGAUGCUUUCAUUGGUAGACAGGGGUAAUGGCAACAAAUGUAAAAUAUAAGUGUUUAUUAAUAGUAUUACAGAUACAUGCAAAUCAACUAAUAAUUAAUAAUGCUAGCCUUUUAUAGCAGCUCCAAUCUUUCUUGGACUGCUUUCAUAUAAUAUCUGAUUUUGGAAUAUUGCACUCUUCUCUGAAAUCAAAAACCUCCAGUACAUGAAUGGAAAUUUGCUUUGCAUAGUGCCACUAGUACUUUGGGCCUAGCACUGAUGUCAAUGUUUAGAUUUAAUGAUUUCAUAGGUUUUUGUCUUCCGGAGAACAUGAUAUUCCUUUUGAAUUUUAGCAUAGUAAUGUGUAUGGAACAUGGGUACCUCAUGAAGAACCUGGUUUUCCUGUAAAAUGGCCGUUCGGCAGCAGUUAUAAGACCAUGCAGAAUAAUUGUAGGAUUUAAUGAUUCCCAUAACAUGGCUUCCCAUACCAUUACAGACCCCCAACAUGUUUAACAGUUGGCAACAGACAUUGAGGCUUGAAGGAAUCCUCUGAAUUUUUGGAAACUCAAACCCAUAUAGAUGCAGAAAAAUAAUGUCUACGAUAACUUGGUGGAUUAUAUUACAUUUUUCCAUUGCUCUGCUUUAAAAAUGUUUUUGUUUUUUUUUGUCAUCAGUCUUAGGUUUAAGUGGUUGGCAAAUUCCAGGUCUACUAGCCUCACCAUGUAUACAGUUUUUGCUGAGACCAGAUUACUGUGAUGCUAAUUCAAUUAUGUGUUAAUUUGUAACGCUGUACGCUUAUGGCAUUUAGAAACUAGCAAAGUUACUUUGUCGGGGAGCUUUAACUUGAAACUGUUGCUUUGCUCCACAUUAUCAAUACAAUCGUUCUGUGUGACAGAUGUCAAUAUUUUUUAAAACGUUUUACUUUACCAAAAAUUUCACCUUCUGAGUAUUCAAAGCAAAAAGUAACACAGUAAAGGAGUUUACGCAUGCGUGGGAUAGGCAUAAGGCUAUCCUAACUAUAAGAUAAGACUAGGGACUAAUGAAAGUAUUUAGAAAAUUGGGCAGACUAGAUGGGCCGAAUGGUUCUUAUCUGCCAUCACAUUCUAUGUUUCAAAAGGAAGCCGUUAUCAAGGGGCAAAUUGUCAUCAUAAUAAUGUUUUUUACUAGCUUGUUACUUUAAAGUAGUUUUUUCAUAUAGCAUUUGUUAUUUUCUUUACGCAAUAUAUGUCUGGGGUUUGUAAUCCUAUAUAGGGGUUUGUAAUCCUAUAUAAGUAACUGUGUGCGUGGCUAUGAAUUUUUAUGUAAAAAUGUGUUCAUAAUGUAUAGAAAGGGCAUUUUACGUUAAAAAUAGACAGUUAAAGGAACUCUUCAAGCUCCAUAAACCCUAGACCAAAGUAAUAUAUAGAAUAAUUUAGCAGGCACUAACCUCACAAUUUACUUCAAACAAAAGAUUAGAGUCUUAUAUAUUAUUAUAAUUAUUAUUAUAUGGUAAGUCAUUAAAUAAAUGCCUGAAAAUAGACUAAAAGUCCAAAAGUCUCUAUGUGAAAAUUCCGAUGUGUACAUUUUUCCACCAGAGUGAAUGAAGUUUGCAAACUAAAUUAGCUCUUUUAAAAUAGCAUUUUAUUUGACACACAAUUAAAAGCACAAAAUUACUGACAAAGUAAAGCAUAACUUAUUAAAAUCAUUUUUAUGACCACAAUCAUCUCUUCAGGUUAUCUCCUCAAGAGCCCAGAUUAGUGCCGACUUCUACUCUGCCCUUUGUACAAUGGCACAAUAUGUUCACCAGAAAAAAAAGGCAGUGUGUGUUGCAGGAGCCAGCUGACCAAGACAGGAUGCAUGCCGUAAACUGUAAAACAAGGAACAAAGCCCAACAUAUUUUGCUAAUACAAUCCAUAUCAUCAGAGGCAUGCCUGUCUUAGGUGGCUGGCUGCUUCAACACACGCUGUGAUUUCUUCUGGUAAUUGUAAUCUAUCAGUGUACAGGCGACAGAGGAGGAACUGGGACUCAUCUGGGCUCCUGAUGAGAUAACUUAAAGCAGCAAUUGCUGUCACAGGAAUGAUUUUAAGAAGUAAUACUCCUGAUAUGCUUCACUUUGUCUGGAAUUCUGUAAGUGUUUUUAAUUAUGUGAUGAAUAAAGUGCUAUUUUAACAGAGAGCAUGUGUUCUCCUAAUUUUUAUUUUGAAGACAUUAUUCAUUCUGGUGGAAAAAAUUACAUAUGGGGGGAUUAUGUUGUUGCCACACACACACACUUAUUUUGCGGGUGCCUUUUUAGUGGCUUGGCCACUGGGUAUCCAUUGCUAUUAGUUUUAAAUAUUUUUUAGAACUGCCACCAUGUUGCAUGGCAGCUGGGGGCAUAGGGAGUUUUUAAACCUCCCUAUAAGGUUUUUCUUGGCUCCCGAUAGGGGUUUAUUAUUUUUUUAAUUUGGUGGCUGGCUAGCCUCACAGCGCCAUGAGUUUUUAACUAUUGUUUGGAUUUUUUAAAAAUCUGAGUCCGGCUUUGAAGUAUUCAGUCUGGAUUUCAGCUGUCUGGCGGUGUUCUGUUUCUGUCCAGCUAAAAUCCAGACCUGUUUCAGGCUUAUUCCAGACAGGGUUAGACAAGAUGACCAAUGUCUGGAUUUUGCAGUCCAAGAGGCCCUAUACAUAGCUGGAUGGUUUUACCCUGUGUGAUACAUGGUCAUACAGACUUUAGUGAACAGCCCUGUUGGUAUGUAGCUACUUUCUUUUUUAAUUAUAGUUUUCACAAUACUCUUGUAUAAAAUGUUAAAAAAUCAACAAAAAAAUAUACAGAACAUGGAACUCCUUUAUUAGUAGCUCUUGUUGUGGUUUUGAUGCCAACAUGGGUCAAGGGGUAAUGUAAACCAGGUAAAGAAUAUGUUUGGCACCCACUGGGGGUGUGCCUAAACUAUUUUAUGUCCUAUUGUAUGUCUGGUCUUUUACUAUGUUUCAUCCUUUUCCUUCUGAAUGCUGACUAAUCAUCAUUGAAAUAUAGUUCAGAAACAUCUGGGAAAAUAUGGUUCGUGGUAAUGACUAACCAUUUGACUGCAGAUAUUUAUGGCUCACAUUUCCUAUUAUGCCGUUAUCCUGACUGCAUGUAUGAAUGGCUACUCCGUUGGUUUUCAUAAAACAUGCUCUGUAUGUUCUGUUAACUUUUUCUUUUUUUAAAUCUAGCUUUAAAAACAUCACUACAUUAUUUGCAGUAGAAGAGUGGAAAAAUUAUUACAGUUGCAAAGACUAGCAGUAUGUUCUUCAGACUCACCGAUGGAGUCUGUAGUAAUUUCUUGUCAUUGCUGGCUUUUUUUUCCAGAAAGGCUCACUGAGAGUAUGUCUGAACUGGUACUAGUGUUCUCUUCUGUAUAUCAGUGGUUUUAGUCCGGUAAGAUGCCUGCAUAACCCUGCGUAGGGCAGGAGUUUCCGUUACCAGCAGUUUUAUAUUUGCCCCCACCCGCUGCCAUGUCUGGUGGUGGAGACAUUAGAUGCAUUUUAAUGUACUCUGAAUGUUGGCAGAUAUCCAUAACUGAAAGGGUUAAACUAUAGGUCACUCAACUUGUGCAAAACCAUGUUUAUCUUUCAGGUUUGGUGAGAAGGGUAAAGCUAUCAGAAUUGAGAAAGUGGUGUAUACAGGAAAAGAAGGCAAGAGUGCUCAGGGAUGCCCUAUUGCAAAAUGGGUAAGUGAAAUCCAUACAUCAGUUGUACCAUGGGUGGUGGUCCCUCUAAUCAAGAUGGAUACGUUAAUUUGUGUCUUUUUUUUUCUUUUUAUUAUUAUUUAAGUAACUUUUAAUUACUUUCAGAAAAAAUGUAUGUAUUGUUUUGAAACAGAUACAUAUAGGUCAAAGAUACAUAAUGCAAUAUUGAUUUAUAAUAUAUUACCAACAAAGCAUUUUGGUAACCUCAGCUGGAACCAGAUAAAAUACAACAUCUGAGACUGCUUUAUUUUAAGCAAACAAUGUGUAACACAAUACAGUCAAUGCAAGCCCCAUUGCCUUGACCUCUUGUAAAAAAUAAAAAAAAGUUUUAAAGCGAAAUUGGUCAGAAAUUAUGAAAAGAACAGAUUCUGGAAGAGGACGGUAAGUUUGAGAUGACAGAGCCAUUUUAAAUAGCCAGUGAUGUCUUCUUUUGUAAAUGGUAUGCCAUGAUGGGGGUAAAGAACAGUUGAGGCCUUAUAUAUUGUCACAAAUGUGAUCUGAUCUCAGUAAAUCAAUUGGUGAAAAUUUGAAAACUGAAGAUUGUAUGGCUGUCAUUUGACCCUAACUUUUCUAAAACCUGGUCUAAGUUGCUGUACUCGGUCGCGGUAGCAGAAUACAAAUUUAGGUUCUUUAUACUAGCUAGAUGUACAUUAUCCGAACUAAUCCUUAGGAAAUGAAACACGCUUCAGAAAAACACAAAAAUAAAUAGGUAUUUUUUGCUGUAUUAGUGAUGAAAUGGUUAAAUGAAAAAUAUCAAGAUGCUAUUAUAUCUCCUCAUGCAGCUAUUCUUUUGUGGUAGCACUACUAUUUGUAUAGAGCUUUAUUUUUAGCAAAGCUAUGUACUUUUUUUUUUCAAAUUAUUUUUAAAUAAGUUGUGUUAAGUAUGGGGUAUCUGAUUAAAGUUCUAUAUGUUGUUAAAAGACACAAAAAGUAGUAUGUACAUGUGCAAAACAGCUAAAGUGCCAAAAAGGCUUUAGUAACAAACACAAAGAAUCUAAAAAGGGGUUUAAAAGUAUCUUUAUUAUGUAAACCGGUAAGAAAUUUAUAAAAACAGAGGAGCAGUGAUUCUGACAGUAUUAUGUAAUGCAAUAAAGGCAGUGUCAUAUAAUGCAUUUAUUAGAUAUAAUAACACAGUCCUGGUGUCUAUAAAGUCAUUUGAAUUACUUCAGUGUGCCUCCGUACACUUCCAAUACCAGAGAUUACAGACAUUGCUCCACUUAAAGGGCUACUCCAAUCACCAUGACCACUUCUACUUGUAUACAUCUCCCUCCCUUGCAGCUUUCAUUUGACCUCUCCUCCCUGAAACAUCAGUGCUCUAUAUAUAUAUAUAUAUAUAUAUAUAUAUAUAUACACACACAUACAUACAUAUAUACACACACACAUAUGUAUACACAUACAGUCAGGUCCAUAAAUAUUGAGACAUCAACACAAUUAUAAGCUUUUUGUCUCUAUACACCUCCACAAUGGAUUUGAAAUGAAAUGAACAAGAUGUGCUUUAACUGCAGACUUUCAGCUUUAAUUUGAGGGUAUUUACAUCCAAAUCAGGUGAACGGUGUAGGAAUUUCAACAGUUUGUAUAUGUGCCUCCCACUUUUCAAGGGACCAAAAGUAAUGGGACAAGUGGCUGCUCAGCUGUUCUAUGGCCAGGUGUGUGUUAUUCCCUCAUUAUCCCAUUUACAAGGAGCAGAUAAAAGGUCCAGAGUUCAUUUCAAGUGUGCUAUUUGCAUUUGGAAUCUGUUGCUGUCAACUCUCAAUAUGAGAUCCAAAGAGCUGUCACUAUCAGUGAAGCAAGCCAUCAUUAGGCUGAAAAAACAAAACAAACCCAUCAGAGAGAUAGCAAAAACAUUAGGUGUGGCCAAAUCAACUGUUUGGAACAUUCUUAAAAAGAAAGAACGCACCAGUGAGCUCAACAACACCAAAAGACCCGGAAGACCACGGAAUACAACUGUGGUGGAUGACCGAAGAAUUCUUUCCCUGGUGAAGAAAACACCCUUCACAACAGUUGGCCAGAUCAAGAACACUCUCCAGGAGGUAGGUGUAUGUGUGUCAAAGUCAACGAUCAAGAGAAGACUUCACCGGAGUGAAUACAGAGGGUUCACCACAAGAUGUAAACCACUGGUGAGCCUCAAAAACAGGAAGGCCAGAUUAGAGUUUGCCAAACAACAUUUAAAAAAGCCUUCACAGUUCUGGAACAACAUCCUAUGGACAGAUGAGACCAAGAUCAGAAGGAAAGGAACUGCUCAUAAUCCAAAGCAUACCACCUCAUAAGUGAAGCAUGGCGGUGGUAGUGUCAUGACGUGAGCACGUAUGGCUGCCAAUGGAACUGGUUCUCUUGUAUUUAUUGAGGAUGUGAGUGCUGACAAAAGCAGCAGGAUGAAUUCUGAAGUGUUUCGGGCAAUAUUAUCUGCUCAUAUUCAGCCAAAUGCUUCAGAACUCAUUGGAAGGCGCUUCACAGGCGCAGAUGGACAAUGACCCGAAGCAUACUGCAAAAGAAACCAAAGAGUUUUUUAAGGGAAAGAAGUGGAAUGUUAUGCAAUGGCCAAGUCAAUCACCUGACCUGAAUCCGAUUGAGCAUGCAUUUCACUUGAUGAAGACAACACUGAAGGGAAAAUUCCCCAAGAACAAGCAGGAACUGAAGACAGUUGCAGUAGAGGCCUGGCAAAGCAUCACCAGGGAUGAAACCCAGCAUCUGGUGAUGUCUAUACAUUACAGACUUCAGGCUGUAAUUGACUGCAAAGGAUUUGCAACCAAGUAUUAAAAAGUGAAAGUUUGAUUUAUGACAGUUAAUCUGUCCCAUUACUUUUGGUCCCUUAAAAAGUGGGAGGCACAUAUACAAACUGUUGUAAUUCCUACACUGUUCACCUGAUUUGGAUGUAAAUACCCUCAAAUUAAAGCUGAAAGUCUGCAGUUAAAGCACAUCUUGUUUGUUUCAUUUCAAUCCCAUUGUGUUGGUGUAUAGAGCCAAAAAGAUUAGAAUUGUGUCGAUGUCCCAAUAUUUAUGGACCUGACUGUAUAUAUGUAUAUAUAUACAGUUGCAAGAAAAAGUAUGUGAACCCUUUGGAAUGAUAUGGAUUUCUGCACAAAUUGGUCAUAAAAUGUGAUCUGAUCAUCAUCUAAGUCACAACAAUAGACAGUCACAGUCUGCUUAAACUAAUAACACACAAAGAAUGAAAUGUUGCCAUGUUUUUAUUGAACACACCAUGUAAACAUUCACAGUGCAGGUGGAAAAAGUUUGCGAACCCUUGGAUUUAAUAACUGGUUGAACCUCCUUUGGCAGCAAUAACUUUAACCAAAAGUUUCCUGUAGUUGCAGAUCAGACGUGCACAACGGUCAGGAGUAAUUCUUGACCAUUCCUCUUUACAGAACUGUUUCAGUUCAGCAAUAUUCUUGGGGUGUCUGGUGUGAAUCGCUUUCUUGAGGUCAUGCCACAGCAUCUCAAUCGGGUUGAGGUCAGGACUCUGACUGGGCCACUUCAGAAGGCGUAUUUUCUUCUGUUUAAGCCAUUCUUUUGUAGAUUUACUUCUACGCUUUGGGUCAUUGUCCUGUUGCAACACCCAUCUUCUGUUGAGCUUCAGCUGGUAGACAGAUGGCCUUAAGUUCUCCUGCAAAAUGUCUUAAUAAACUUGGGAACUUUGAUGAUAGCAAUCCAUCCAGGCCCUGACGCAGCAAUGCAGCCCCAAACCAUGAUGCCUCUACCACCACACUUCACAGUUGGGAUGAGGUUUUGAUGUUGGUGUGCUGUGCCUUUUUUUCGCCACACAUAGUGUUGUGUGUUUCUUCCAAACAACUCAACUUUGGUUUCAUCUGUCCACAGAAUAUUUUGCCAGUACUGCUGUGGAACAUCCAGGUGCUCUUGUGCAAACUGUAAACGUGCAGCAAUGUUUUGUUUGGACAGCAGUGGCUUCCUCUGUGGUAUCCUCCCAUGAAAUCCAUUCUUGUUUAGUGUUUUAUGUAUUGUAGAUUCGCUAACAGGGAUGUUAGCAUUUGCCAGUGACUUUUGUAAGUCUUUAGCUGACACUCUAGGGUUCUUCUUCACCUCAAUGAGCAGUCUGCACUGUGCUCUUGCAGUCAUCUUUACAGGACAGCCACUCCUAGGGAGAGUAGCAGCAGUGCUGAACUUUCUCCAUUUAUAGACAAUUUGUCUUACCGUGGACUGAUGAACAGCAAGGCUUUUGGAGAUACUUUUAUAACCCUUUCCAGCUUUAUGCAAGUCAACAAUUCUUAAUCGUAGUUCUUCUGAGAGCUCUUUUGUGCGAGGCAUCAUUCACAUCAGGCAAUGCUUCUUGUGAAAAGCAAACCCAGAACUGGUGUGUGUUUUUUAUAGGGCAGAGCAGCUGUAACCAACACCUCCAAUCUCAUCUCAUUGAUUGGACUCCAGUUGGCUGACAUCUCACUCCAAUUAGCUCUUGGAGAUGUCAUUAGUCUAGGGGUUCACAUACUUUUUCCACCUGCACUGUGAAUGUUUACAUGGUGUGUUCAAUAAAAACAUGGCAACAUUUCAUUAUUUGUGUGUUAUUAGUUUAAGCAGACUGUGAUUGUCUAUUGUUGUGACUUAGAUGAUGAUCAGAUCACAUUUUAUGACCAAUUUGUGCAGAAAUCCAUAUCAUUCCAAAGGGUUCACAUACUUUUUCUUGCAACUGUAUAUAUAUAAUUAUUAUUGUCCUUUCACUCUCCUGUCUACCCACAAUGCCUCUGAUCGGGUGAAGCAGUCUAGUUGAUUGAACUGCGCAAGGCCCGCGGUUUUAUGUCUUAUUGCAAAAUGUAGGUGAGAGUCAAUUAAAAAAAGGGUGGGGGGAGAGGGGUGGAGUAGCCCUUUAACCCCUUAAGGACCAAACUUCUGGAAUAAAAGGGAAUCAUGACAUGUCACACAUGUCAUGUGUCCUUAAGGGGUUAAAGUAGCACUGUCAUGCCGAAUUUACCCUUCUACUAUCGUUUCCUCCUCUCUUCCUCUCUCAGAAUCUGUAGGGACUACUUUGUCUUAUAUAUUUUUUCUACGCUUGACCUCCUCUGAUCCAUUUCCUGUGGUCAAUUAAAUUUUCCCACAAUACUCACCCUCCUCUGUGUUCUCGCAAUUCCUCCUUUUACUAUUCCAGAAUGUCCUGUCAUAUAAACAGUGCUCCGGCGAAUUCAACAAAUUUUGUGUGAACCGAAUGCCCACAGUUUGUCCAUUCAUGUUCGCAUGAAAUUUGGUGAAUUUGUUCGGUUCGGAAUUUCAUUCGGAGAAUUCGGUUUUGAUCCGCUUCUUGGCACGACUGCAUCUUGUAGCCAGUUAGUAGAUAACCCCCUAAUUCCCACAGUGGGUCACCUAUUUAAAUAAUGAACGGGAAGGGGGGGGGAUAUACUCCAACCCUUGCACAGCAGGUAAGGGCUAUUAAACUAAACUGGGGGCAUAGUGGCAUUAGCAAGUAGGGGAUAGAGGGAGAUUUUAGUCUCCCUUAUGAUGGGGUCAUAUUUACUCCCACAAAGUGGGGGGGAUUAAGGAAGUAGUGGGGAGCAGCACAGCUCCCUGACGCUUCUAUUUUUACAUAUUACAAGGAGUGAGCCACAAGCCGUAGCUCCCUCCUUGUAAUAAACUUAGCCUACAAAUUUUUGGACAAGAGCGAAGUAUUCAACUGUGCUAUCUAGUGUGGGCAGAUGACGUGUGCCACAGGGACAUACCACUUUAAAAUGGCGGAGCCUAGGACCCUGGACCGGGCAAAAAAAUAAAAAAGGCGUUAGAAAAAAAUAAAUGGUAAAAUGAGGGACCAAAGAGCAUUUGGUGGUGGCUAGUGGGACAAUAAAAUGUAGUCGGGAGGGGGUUUAAAAAAAUGGAUGUGGCCAUGACAUUGCCACUUUAAGUCUAUCUUCAUCCAAGGCACAUGUCCCUAUAUCCCCACCCAAUCCCCCACCCCCUUUAAAUAAUAGUCACUGUCCAAUUAUGUAUAAAUCAUAGUUAAAUAUACACUUAGAAAUAAAAAAUGUGUGUGUGUGUAAGUAUAUAUAAUCUGAAAAUAGACUUGUGUCCAUCAUAGUUCAGCCUUCCUCACAUAUGUUUUUGCUGUUGAUCCAAAAGAAGGCAAAAAACCCAGUCUGAAGCGCUUCCAAUUUUGCAACAAACUAGGAAAAGUUCCUUCUUGACCCCAAAAUAGCAGGUGUCUCCUUGGAUCAGCUAUUACGCCACUAAUUAGAAAUGAUAUCCCUGUAUGUUAUGUUAUUGCAAGUAUUUAUCCAAUUGCAGUUUAAACAUCUGUAUGGACUCUGAUAAAACCGCCUCUUCAGGCAGAGCAUUCCAUAUCCUUAUUGCUCUUACUGUAAAAAAAAACAAAAAAAACCUUUUCUUUGCCUUAGAUGAAAUCUCCUUUCUUCCAGCCUAAAUGUGUGACCUUGAGUCCUAUGUAUAGCCCUGUUUAUGAAUAGAUUUCCAGAUAGUGGAAAAUGUAUUCAUACUUACCGUAAUUUUAUUUUCCUGGCUAUUAUUCAUGUCAGCAUAUACACAUGGGUUAGCUCCUCCCCUUACAGCCGAUAGGACAGGAAAAACACCAAGGAUUUAAAAGGAGGCUCCAUUCCUAAGGUCCUCAGUCAGUUUACAAGCUCUACAGUACAUAAAUAGAGACAUUAGUGAGACCUUUGGUACGUCACAUAUUGGUUUCAACACCCUCAGUGGAGGCUUGAGUUCAAUUGCUGCUUACCUGGAGGAAAGCACCAGGGGCAUCAAUGCUCAAUGGGUAUCCUUCGGUACAGGUAGAGAAUGAGAUUGAUAUGCAUUCACCUUAGGCAGGAUCUCAGGUGCUAAAUACAAGACGACCAUAUCCUGUUGAAAAUUAGUGAAUGGGGGUUCACAGGAUCAAAAAGUUCAACCCUUUUCCUUGCUGGGGUACCAGCCACCAGCACUUUCUGUGCUACCACCAUGGAAGCUCCUUCUAGAGGUUCGAAUAAUGGUUUAGUCAGGGCCCGUGAGACCAGUGGUACGUCACAUAUUGGCUUCACCAAACCUAGUGGAGGCUUGAUUUCAAUCAAUGCCUAAAUGAAGCAAAGUGCAGUUAUGUGCUCCUCUAGAGUGUUAUAACACAGAACCUUUCAAGGCCUGAAUGAGGAGUAAUUCCAACAGACAAAAGCAUGUCAAGCUUUGUAAAGUAUGUAUAGGAUUGUAAGAGAAUCUUAAUAACUGUCUCAGGGAUGCCUAUACAUUAUAUGGACUCCCGCAUCAACACCAGAACCUGAGGAUCUUGGUGUGUUAAGGGGCCUUAUAAUAGGUCUGGACAUACUGGAAUUUCCCUUGGAGGUUCCAGAAUCAUCUUAGUCAUCAUAGGAAUUAGAGUCGACACGGUCUUCCACUGUCUCCUUUUGAAUUACCUUUCUAGGAAAGUUGGAAACAGGAAAAUAUGUACAUCAGACUAAAAUUCCAAACUUAAGUCAGCGUAUCCUGAACCUGAGCAUUCUGGUCCUAAAAUCUAGAAAAUACUUCUGGACCUGGUAGUUCCAAGAAAUGACCGUCAGAUCUACGUAGGGUAUCAGACAAAUCGGUGUCAACCCCGAGGAUAUGUCGGGACAUGGUUGCCAAUCCACCUUGUCCACAGUUAUUCGGCUCAAGCAAACAGCUAUUAUAUUCUGAGCCCCUGGUUGUUCUUCUGUGCCCUGAUCAUUAUGGGUUGGAAUUCCAUCAAUACGUAUCUGUGAGACCCAUCUUGAUAGAUAUAGGAUACAGUUGCAUUAAUAUUUGAGCAAAUUUGGACCCACUUGUUCUUCAGCAACCCUCUGAAGUGAAAAAGAGCCUUGAAAAUGACUUGUAAUUCCAUACAAAUGAAUGGAAAUAUUGUGCAACAUGGUCCAAACACUGUGCAACCAAUCUUCUAAAAACUGGAAUUCAAGCUUAUAAUUGACCAAUGAGGUUCUGUUCACUGGAAACUCGGAGCUCUAUUCUUUCUUUUCAGCUACCAGGUAAGGUGUAACUCCAUUGAUGGGGACAUAGUCAGUGGCUGGCUCCAAUAAUCUCUCUCUUGUUAAACCAAGAUAGGUAGGAUCCGUGAGGAAUCCAGAGCUGCCAUUGGGCCCAUCUGACAAGUCUAAUGGUGGAAGAUUGGCCCAAUGGCUAGUAGUUGCAUCUAUUUUCUUGCUGUUACCAAGCAAAAAUGCAGAAACUGGGAGAGAAAAGCUCCACAAUCUGUGGAACUGUUCCUGAGAUAGGGAAAAGCAGAGCAUAGCAUUUUACACUCGGGAAUGUCAACCACUGAGCUGGUGUGAAACUGCUAUUCAUCAAGCAGCCAAACUUUAGGAGUUAUGAAAGAACUAUAUUGCUCUGUGUGCCUGCCUUCUGAGAGUCUAAGGCUGUCAGAAGUAGAUCCUCCAGAUAAUGGAACCAAGUGGUGUUCUGGACUCUCAAUAUCACUAUAAGCACAUAUAAAGAUUCUUGGGGCUGCAUUAAUUUUUUUAACCUUUGUAACUAAAAUGCUCCAUUCCUUUUAUCUAUUUUGAAGCUCAUCUCUGCACUUUUUCUAGUGCCAUGAUAUCCUUCUUUAGAACAGGUGCCAAAAAUUGCACAGCAUAUUCAAGGUGUGGUCUUACCAGCAAUUUAUAAAGAGGCAAAAUUAUAUUUUCAUCCCGAGAAUUUAUGCCCCUAUUUAUACAUGACAAAACCUUACUGGCCUUAGGAACUGCAGAUUGACAUUGCAUUUUGCUGCCUAAUUUGUUGUCUAUUAAAAUUCCCAAAUCCUUCUCGUGUGUGGUUAUCCCUAAUUCACUACCAUUUAGGGUGUAAGUUGCUUGUGCAUUCUUGACCCCAAAGUGCAUAACUUUGUAUUUCCCUAUGUUAAAUUUCAUCUGCCAUUUUAGUGUCCAGCCCCCCAAUCUAUCCAAAUCCCUCUGCAGCAAAGCAAUAUCCUGCUCACAUUUUAUUACUUUACAAAAUUUUGUGUUGUCUGCAAACACUGAUACAUGGCUUUCAAUGCCUAUUUCAAGAUCAUUUAUAAAUAUGUUAAAUAUAUUUAUGUAUUAUUUUUACAUUAUGUGAUAUUAAUUCUAUAUUGAUCGCUGAACACAAAUAUGAGUGGUUUAACAUGACAUGUCAUGAUUCCCUUUUAUUCCAGAAAUUUGGUCCUUAAGGGGUUAAAGCAGGAAAACAUAAAUGAUGAUUAUAUCUUUGGUGAAAGUGCAGUUUUUGUGUGAGAAACGCAAAAAAGCUAAAUGAUAUUUAAGGAGUGUGGGUGCACUUAAUAUGAAAGAGGUCAAAUACGAUUAAACAGGCCACUUCCUUAAACUAAACUUGACCAAAACUGAAAUUCUGGUCUUUCCGCCCUCAAAUGUUGUUACUCCUGUGUCUGUCUCCCUCCAAGUCAACGGUGCUACCAUCAGCUCCACCACGCAGGCUCGCUGCCUAGGUCUCUUUGACUCCUACCUCUCCUUCAAGCCUCAUGUUCAGUCUAUCGCCAAAUCCUGUCAUUUCCAUCUCAAAAACAUUGCGCGCAUCUGCCCCUAGUUAACGCCAGAUGCGACUAAGGUGUUGGUCCAUUCCACUGUCCUUUCUCGCCUUGACUGCUGUAAUCCGCUUUUCAGUGGUCUUAUGCGCUCCCAACUUGCGCCGUUACAGUCCAUAAUGAAUGUAGCAGCAAGGCUCAUCUUCCUGUCCGCCCGCACCUCCCAUGCCUCACCCUUCUGUCAGUCCCUACAUUGGCUUCCUAUAAAAUAUAGAGCUCAAUUUAAAAUUCUGGUUCUUACUUUCAAAUCGCUACAUAAUGCUGCUCCCACCUAUCUAUCCUCCCUUAUACACAAGUAUGUCCCGUCUAGGCCCUUACGAUCUGCUGAAGACUUACGUCUAUCUUCUGUCCGUACUCCCAUCUCUGAUGCUCACCUUCAAGAUUUCUCGAGGGAUGCACCGUUCCUUUGGAACUCGCUUCCCUCCUCCGUUAGAUGCUCACCUAGUCUCCACUCCUUCAAAAAAUCGUUAAAAACACACUUCUUCAUAAAAGCGUAUCAAUUAAACUGUUAAUAGCUCCCGACUGAUUCCUCUUCUGCAACUGUCACUAGUCUAAUACUGUCCUUUACCUUUUUGUGUCAUUUUACCCCACUCCCUCUAGCAUGUAAGCUCAUUGAGCAGGGCCCUCAACCCCUCUGUUCCUGUGUGUCCAACUUGUCUAGUUACAACUACAUGUCUGUUCGUCCACCCAUUGUAAAGCGCUGUGGAAUUUGAUUGCGCUAUAUAAAUAACAUAAUAAUAAUAAUAAUAGCUCAAAUUCUAGGUUUUGUUUUUGUUCAGAACUUGUGCAGUUGCCUGCGUCCCUAAGGGGUUAAGUAUUUUUCAGCUGCUGACCGCGGGUGGGAGUAGGAUGCCUCCCUGUUUUUUGUUUAACAGACAGGUUGUGUCCCCACUAUGUUAUUUUGCAGGCCCAAUACCAAUGACUUUGAGAAACCAGCAUUAUUGUUUGUUGAAGGUCAGACAUGUACAUAUCAUUUUAGUACACCUGCACAAUGUCUCUUGAUGAGUUUAUUUACUCAGCUGUGUAUGCACAGAUCUAUGUAAAAUUGUCUGGAAGAAUUACUGUAGGAUGCCCAUGACACAAUGUAAUAUCUUAAAACACAGGGCUCUCUUCAAUGGUCAUCUCUUUAGAUGCAAAUUUCUUAUUUUUCAAUUCAUAGGUGUUAAUUUAAAUAAUAGCAAAAAUACUAAACAAAGGACUCUUUUUCUUUUUUUAUAUUUUUGCAUACGUCAAUGGGAUUGACCACUUUACAUUACAUACAAAAAAAUAGGAUGUCCAUGCUGCUUUUGAUAUAGUUAUACUUCUAGAAUUUUACACGAAAGCAGCUAAUGUAUACAUGAAAAAUCAUUCCAAAGCAUUUUGAUACUCUGAAAAUGGCAUAAUUGUUUCCAUGCACCAAUCAAUUUGUAUUCCAUUAUUUACAAUAUUCCUUACUGUGCCUAUUAUGUUAUUUUAUGUUCCAUUCCAUAUUGGGUCUAUAUUUUAUAAAGUUGUCACUACCUAUGUAUAAAAGAGGUGAAAAGGAGCUUUUUUUUCUUUUUCUUCUUUUUUUUUUUUCUUCUUUAUUUUAAAACGGUGAUGGUAAGAGACAGUUAACAGGCAAGAUAUUUGGUAGACUUGGUCAAUGAUUACCAAGGUACAGAUAACAUUAGGUGAGAGUGGUAUACAACCUGGAGUGAGCAUUAUGAACAUUAAUAUCUUGCUUUUGUCGUUUAAGCCAUCGGUUCUCAAUGUCCAUAUGUUUACUAUGUGAGUGCUGUAAGGCUGUUUUUUUAAUAAUAUUUUAAUAAAACUUUACGAAAUCCAAUCCACAUAGAACUUGAAGCACGUCAUCGGCAUUCACUGAGCCACUAACGUUAUUGUGAGUCAUGUCUCCAAGGCAAACCGCCCCCUGCACCCUCAUCUACCAUCUUGGUUGCCCAAAUCUGUCCAAGGCGUCCAUAACUUUUUAAAGGACCGAGUGGUGUUGUGUACUAUUGUGGUCAGCUUGUCCAUAAGAUAAUUGCCCUUUAUUUAUUGCAUCACUUCAGGGUAGGUGUUCCAAGUCUUUGCUAUCGCUCGUCUGGCUGCCAGCAUGAUUCUGUUCAUAAGUUUCUGUUGUCUAGCUACCAGUCCUUACACAGGUCUAGCAAAGAAAAAAGCCCAAUGGUGUCAGGAAGCCCUGAACCUAACUCCAGAAUGGUUUCAAUUUCUUACACGCCCAUCAUAUAUGGAUGUAGGUGCCCCUCACCCCGCAACCUUGCCAACAUAGGUUGGAGGCACCUCUGCCAUGCGAUAUAAUCUGAGCUCCUUUUCUAACAAAUGUUUUUACCACUUUUCAGAAUGAUGCUUUUCUGAGACAGUAAAGCAGCUUCCACACUCCAUAUCCUCUUAUUUAAUGUGUAAGAAAUUCAUUCCGAAUUCAAAUGCUUUUUUAAAAUUUUGGCAAUAUCAUACAUUUUUUCUUAUUUUGUGUUUUAUUGAUGGUAAAGAAAAUCAUGAGAAAGGAGCAUAGAAUCCAAAUGAGUAAUAAAAAGCAUUGGGGGAAAAAAUAAUAAAUAUAUAUAUAUAUAUAUAUUUCAAACAAUAAGUUUGGCACUCUGCCUAUUUAUAGGGAAAAAUAAAGAUACUGCCAGGGUGCAAACCUGCGGUGUGUAUGUGUGUAUAUGUGUGUGUGUAUAUAUAUAUAUAUAUAUAUAUAUAUAUAUAUAUAUAAAACAAAAGUAAAGGUGCACUCCUGGAAUUAGUUUCGUUCUUCUGGUUUAUUGUGCAAAAAAAGAGAUCUUGAGAAAGACCUGAAUAAGUCAAAACGUUGAUAGUCUUUUUUGCACAAUAAACCAGAAGCACAAAACAAAGUCCAGGAGUGCACCUUUACUUUUGUUUUAUAUAUAUAUAUAUGUUUUUUUGCACUACAGAAAAAGCACGAAAAAAGGCACCAAUGUGUAAAAUGUAAGUAACCAUUUUUUUGUAAGAAACUAAUGCAAAUGUAAAAAUAUUAGACAUUUUUUAAAUAAUUUGUAUAAUAUAUUGAUGUGUAUUUGCACCUUUUCCUGAGUUGUGUUUCAAAGCUGUUAUAUACAGUAAACAUAAACUUAAAGGAACACAAUAGGGUCAGAAACACAAACAUGUAUUCCUGACCCUAUAGUUUUAAAAACGCAAUCUGCCCCCCAACCCCAUUAACCAUCAAAAUAUGGCAAAAUCUUACUUGUAUUCCAGUCUGCUGCUGCUGGCUCUGCCCUUGACAUGCCUACUUAUUAUUAUUAUUAUUAUUUAUAAUGUGUCAACACAUUCCGUAGCGCUGUACAAUAAGUGGACUAACAGACAAGUAUUUGUAACCAGACAAGUUGGUCGCACAGAAACACAGGGAUUGAGGGUCCUGCUCAAUGAGGUUACUUGCUAGAGGGAGUGGGGUAUAGUGACACAAAAGGUAAGGGUAGGGUAGAAAGGUAGGUUGCUAGGAUAGUAUUCAUUGGGGGUUUAGUGUUUUGUUUUAAUGACAUUGUUUGUUUUCAUCAGAAGUGAUGUUCUAAACCAAUCACAAUGCUUUCCCAAAGGAAAGCAUUGGAUUAACUGAGUAUGUGAAAGGAUGGAGAUGAGGGGCAGAACCAGCACAAGCCAAACACAGCCCUGGCAAAUCAGCAUAUCCUCAUAGAGAUGCAUUGGAUCAAUACAUCUCUAUGGGAAAAUUGAUUGUCUCCAUGCAGAGGGUGGAGACACUGCAUGGCAGUGCUGCACAGUGUGUGUGCAGCACUGCAUCAGGAAGCACCUCUAGCAGCCAUCUGAGGAGUGGGCACUGGAGGUAUCCCUACAUUGUAAUGUAAACAUUGCAUUUAUUUUUUUAAAAUACUGUGUUUACUGCAAAAAGCCUGAAGGGAAUGAUUAUACUCACCGGAUCAAAUACAACAAGCUGUAGUGUCCCUUCAAAGGAAUCCAUGUUUCAAAUGGAAUAAUGUUGCACAAAUUUGCAUAUGCCUACCCAGAAUCUCUUGGAGUAGCAACAUCACUGUAAAUUUUAGAUUUCUGUGAGAAAAAGCAAGUCUUAUGGCUUGAUUGGUGUGUGCAGAUCUUUGUUUAACGAUGUAUUGACUAACUAUAUAUGUGUGUGUAUAUGUAUAUAUGCAUGUUUUUGUUUUUUUGUUCGUUCCCCCAGAUACCCCAGUGUGUACAGUAAAACUUAAAUGUGAAAAUAUUAGAGGACCUUCAGAAAUGUUAUGCAAAACAUCUUUACUCAUAGAACUGUGCUGUUACAUGGCUAAAAAAAAGCUGACUGCGUUGGCCUUUCUUAUUUCCAUUUACAGGUAAUUCGGCGGAGUGGAGACGAGGAAAAGCUGCUGUGCUUGGUGAGGGAGCGGGCUGGGCAUUCCUGUGAGACAGCUGUGAUUGUAAUUCUGAUAUUGGUUUGGGAAGGAAUUUCUGUAUCGUUGGCAGACCGGUUAUACUCUGAGCUCACGGAAACGUUAAGGAAAUAUGGAGCCUUGACAACCAGACGAUGUGCGCGGAAUGAAGAGUGAGUUGUAGAAGAUUAAAUAAAUCUCUUAAAAUGUGUUAUGCACCUGCUGGAUAUUACAAAACUGAUUUUUGGUCUUGUGACCUAAUUUGUGAAAUCGACACAAGGAUUGCAAGACUUGGGAUAGCAUACAAUCUCUAAUACUAUAAAAACAAGCCUCAUAAUUCUGCCAGUGAUAACUGUACAAAACAGAAUGAAUUAUAUUUUCUUUCAUCACAGCAGUUUGUGCACAGCACUGGCAUUUGUUCUUUGAUUAAUGUGCUUGGCAUACAUACCUUGUUUCUAAAAAAAUGUUUAGAUUUAUUUUUACUAUGUAAUCACAAUACUUGCUUUAAUAGUGCUUUUUUCUGAUCAUAAUAUCCCUUCUUCCUAUAUUGGUCAGCAUACACACACUCACACACACCAACUAAAAUGAUGGCACUACCCAUAGAGGGGUUUAUUUCAGGGAGGGCAGGCUGAGAGGAGAGAUGGGCUGAUGGAGUGGGGUUCAUGGUGCUGUUGGCUGUUUGGCAUCGUAUGCUGUUUGUGCUGGCGUCAGUUGCCAAAUAUGCACAGAAUUGACAUUAGCCAAUUCUUGUUCUAGGCUGGCUUAUGACAUCCCAGUGAUGCGGCUGGAGGAAGAGUUAUACCCUCUGCAGCAGAUGGCUUAAACUCUGUAUGUGCAAUGUUUCAUAGCGAAACACUGCACAUACAGUUUACAGGCACCAUAACUACUUCAAAUCAACCUUUUAAUAUUAAGGUUUUGAACUCUGAUUUACUAUGUACACUUAGAAUGUUUUUUGUUUUGUUUUUUUAAAUAUAUGUAUAUGUGCACUUUAUAAUUAAAUCCAUUCUCUUUCCAGGCGCACUUGUGCAUGCCAGGGGCUGGACCCCGAUACCUGUGGUGCCUCAUUUUCUUUUGGGUGCUCUUGGAGUAUGUAUUACAAUGGGUGCAAGUUUGCAAGAAGUAAAAUCCCUCGGAAAUUUAAACUUCUUGGGGACGAUCCAAAAGAGGUUGGUGAUCCUAUAUUUAGGAUAUAACAUUCAGCAAUAUUUUACCCAAAUAUUACUUUUAUGUAAAUUCCAAUAUGGAAAGUGUAAAUAUAGCUAAUUGUUAUAUCCUAUUGCAUUGAUACUGCUGGGUAUUUAUAUAAAAAUGUGAUGUGUUCUCUUAUUUUCAGAUUCACAGAUUAAUAUCACCAAUGGUUUCCUCUGGUCACUUAGGAUGUGCUGCUUAAAACAAUGGGGGGUUUUAUUCACUAUUAAUGGCAUUUCUUUUUCUUUUAAAACAAUCUUUGUACAAAGUCUAAGGCCAAUUAACACCACUUAUUCCUUGCUGUGAGUAGUAGACUGUGUGCUAUGAAUCACUAAAGCCUUUUUGAUCUCAUCUCAUGUCUAUUGUGAUGUAAGCAGACAUUAUCAGAAUUGUCAUGCUCCUGUAGGAAUUAUCUUGUGUUUUGGCACUGCUAAUUUUAAUUUACCUUUCUAAAAAAGAAAAGUAUUCAGUGUGUGCCUUUCAGCCAUGUCCUGCUGGUAGCAAUGCUGUUUUGUUUACAUUAUAUGCAUAUUAGUUGUUUGCUAAGUGUGUAAGCAAUGUUUCGGCUUAACAAUAUUCCUGGUAGAAAGUAGGUGGAGGAGAGAGGCAUGCAGAAACCUUUAUUUUGUAGCAAGUCUCAUAUAUUUUAAGAGUAAUAUGUCUAAACACAGAUUAUCUGACAAGAAUUUGACUGCAUAGAACUGUUUUAAGCAAACUAACAUACAUUGAUUAUUGAACACAGUGUAAGGCUCUAAUUGAGUAUAAAGCAUGCAGUAAUCAAUAGGAUAGUGUCCAUAUUAACAUGAAAAAAAGAGCUGAGGUCAGCUUAUUGUGUGGAAAAGUGUAAAGAACUGACUCGCCCACUGUUCUGAUUAGUGUCUUACAAGGGUUGAUUCACUAAACAGUGAACUGUUGAGACUUAGAAUGAGGGCUGAAAUUGCAAAGCUCUAACUAUACCUGACCAUAUCUGUUUUAGCAUAGAUAUUGAAAAUUGAGUUCUCUAUUCACUACAUAUUGAUAUUGAUAUUGUAAAGGUUGUGGGCCUUUGUUCUGAAUUCAUUUAUGAAAGAUGUUUCACUUUAUUAUCCACCAUUGCAUUGGAAAACUAUUUCUAUUGAGAACUCAAACAUUUUCAGUAGUUCUAGUCAUUUCAAUGAUGACUCUUAAAUCACUCAGCAUGCUAACCUAAAAAUAUAUUCCGUCUUUUUAUCAGUCAGGAAGCUGUGCAUUAUAAUAGUACUCUGAAUACUUAGGUUGGAGUGGCCUCUACUGCUCUGCAUGUGCAAGAACAAAAUAUAAACAGUCACAGGGAAUUAUGAAUGCUGCAUCAUAAACACAGCCAAUUACAUAGCAGCCAGUCCACAUUACUCUAGCUGAUUGAUAAAAGAUAAAAUGAAUUUGUUAGUUGGCAAAAGACUCAAAAUCCCAAUCUUUAAGGUAAAACAUUACAGGGAGUGCAGAAUUAUUAGGCAAGCUGUAUUUUUGAGGAUUAAUUUUAUUAUUGAACAACAACCAUGUUCUCAAUGAACCCAAAAAACUCAUUAAUAUCAAAGCUGAAUAUUUUUGGAAGUAGUUUUUAGUUUGUUUUUAGUUUUAGCUAUGUUAGGGGGAUAUCUGUGUGUGCAGGUGACUAUUACUGUGCAUAAUUAUUAGGCAACUUAACAAAAAACAAAUAUAUACCCAUUUCAAUUAUUUAUUAUUACCAGUGAAACCAAUAUAACAUCUCAACAUUCACAAAUAUACAUUUCUGACAUUCAAAAACAAAACAAAAACAAAUCAGUGACCAAUAUAGCCACCUUUCUUUGCAAGGACACUCAAAAGCCUGCCAUCCAUGGAUUCUGUCAGUGUUUUGAUCUGUUCACCAUCAACAUUGCGUGCAGCAGCAACCACAGCCUCCCAGACACUGUUCAGAGAGGUGUACUGUUUUCCCUCCUUGUAAAUCUCACAUUUGAUGAUGGACCACAGGUUCUCAAUGGGGUUCAGAUCAGGUGAACAAGGAGGCCAUGUCAUUAGAUUUUCUUCUUUUAUACCCUUUCUUGCCAGCCACGCUGUGGAGUACUUGGACGCGUGUGAUGGAGCAUUGUCCUGCAUGAAAAUCAUGUUUUUCUUGAAGGAUGCAGACUUCUUCCUGUACCACUGCUUGAAGAAGGUGUCUUCCAGGAACUGGCAGUAGGACUGGGAGUUGAGCUUGACUCCAUCCUCAACCCGAAAAGGCCCCACAAGCUCAUCUUUGAUGAUACCAGCCCAAACCAGUACUCCACCUCCACCUUGCUGGCGUCUGAGUCGGACUGGAGCUCUCUGCCCUUUACCAAUCCAGCCACGGGCCCAUCCAUCUGGCCCAUCAAGACUCACUCUCAUUUCAUCAGUCCAUAAAACCUUAGAAAAAUCAGUCUUGAGAUAUUUCUUGGCCCAGUCUUGACGUUUCAGCUUGUGUGUCUUGUUCAGUGGUGGUCGUCUUUCAGCCUUUCUUACCUUGGCCAUGUCUCUGAGUAUUGCACACCUUGUGCUUUUGGGCACUCCAGUGAUGUUGCAGCUCUGAAAUAUGGCCAAACUGGUGGCAAGUGGCAUCGUGGCAGCUGCACGCUUGACUUUUCUCAGUUCAUGGGCAGUUAUUUUGCGCCUUGGUUUUUCCACACGCUUCUUGCGACCCUGUUGACUAUUUUGAAUGAAACGCUUGAUUGUUCGAUGAUCACGCUUCAGAAGCUUUGCAAUUUUAAGAGUGCUGCAUCCCUCUGCAAGAUAUCUCACUAUUUUUGACUUUUCUGAGCCUGUCAAGUCCUUCUUUUGACCCAUUUUGCCAAAGGAAAGGAAGUUGCCUAAUAAUUAUGCACACCUGAUAUAGGGUGUUGAUGUCAUUAGACCACACCCCUUCUCAUUACAGAGAUGCACAUCACCUAAUAUGCUUAAUUGGUAGUAGGCUUUCGAGCCUAUACAGCUUGGAGUAAGACAACAUGCAUAAAGAGGAUGAUGUGGUCAAAAUACUCAUUUGCCUAAUAAUUCUGCACUCCCUGUAUAUGGAUGUCUCACAAAACUCCAUGUGAUAAAAAAAAAAAAAAAGAUAUUUUGUGUCACAUGUGGUGCGCUAUUACUUUGAUUGUCCAAAUUAGAUGCAGCAAAAACAAAACUAUAAAUAUUUCUGUGCUGUUUUUGUAUGUUUUGCCAAAGACAUUCAGAUUUUUUUUUUUACUUUGCAAAGAUUUAUGGGAAAACGUUUGUUUUUGUGUUUUCAGUCUGCUUUCUUUAGGAAGUAUAGGACAGGAGAGAUAGAGAAAAGGUCAAGCUUAAGUUAAAUGCAGGAUUUAUUUUUGCAAAUAUAUGCAUGUGGUAAUAUACUUAAAGGAUCACUAUAGGUACUCAGACCACUUCAGCUUAAUGAAGUCGUCUGGGUGCCUGGUCCAGCUAGGAUUAACCCUUUCUGCUGUAAACAUAGCAGUUUCAGAGAAACUGCUAUGUUUACAUUAGGGUUAAUCCAGCCUCUAGUGGCUGUCUCAUUGACAGCCGCUAGAGGCGCUUCCACGCUUCUCACUGUGAUUUUCACAGUGAGAAGACGCCAGCGUCCAUAGGAAAGCAUUGAGAAUGCUUUCCUAUGGACUGGCUGAAUACGCGCGUGUAUCGUGCCGCGCAUGAGCGUUCAGCCGAUGACAGGGAAAAGAGGAGGAGAGUCCCCAGCACCGAGGGAGCCCGGCGCUGUAAAAAAGGUAAGGGAUUAACCCCUUCCUCACCCUAGAGCCCGGCAGCAGGGGGGCCCAGAGUAUGUUUUCCUGGCAAUAUAGUGGUCCUUUAAAUCAGGAAACUUACAAAUUCGAGGUACAUACCUUGUUUCAAGCAAUAUGUUUGUUUCUUAAAAUUGUUAAUUUGCAUGUAAAUAUUAAAUGUUUAAGAUUAAUUUGGUACCUAUUCCCCUCAGUAUUAUAUUUGCUAGUCUCAGCAGAUCCACAUCAGUGAUUCAACAUUACAAAUCUUUGUGCUUCUCAAAUGUUCAAACAGACAGAACAGCCCCAAUUUUGUAUCCAUAUAAUCCAUCCCAGGUUAUUUCUCGGCUUAAUAAACCACUAUCCCACUUGUAUUUGUUGUUAUGUGAGCAGGAGACAGAUCAUCUUCUAGGUUCUUAGGAUUGCAGACCUAUCAAGUCACACAGUAGCACUGAGUGACACCUGUUCUUCCCUCAGUCCUCCUUUUCACCUAAAAGACUGCCUAUGUCACAAUAUGGUGGGAGAGCUGAAAAAAGUGCUUUGUGAGGACAUCAUGUGUCUGCAUGUGCAAGACUUAAUUUCUACACAUCUAAGCCCAUGCACGACUUCUUCAGCAGUGUUUCACAUAUAGGUAGCCCUGUAUGGUUUCCCUCUGUCACGCAGUGCAGUCUUUCAACCUGCAUGUGUGUGCCCUAGGAUGAGAGACACAUCUGUAGCAAGGCUGCUGUCUGUUAUGCUAAUAUUGUCACUGCAAAAACAGAAAAUAUGAGAACUCUGAGAAUGGACAAAAGCUUAGAGAAACUCAAUAGCUUGCCCUUCUGUAAAUCCUUGCUGAGGUCUCAAAAUAGUUUUUUCUCACUUGAGCCAUUACAGAGAGAACCUAUACUAUUUUCAUAUCAAACUGAUCCCAUUUAUAAGGGCAGUCCAGAUUUGAAAUGCCAGCAAGUACCCUCUGCACGAAAGGUACAGAAUCCCAGAUAGCCUUCUUUGGGCCUUGUCAGUGAGGUGUAGCUGAAAACCCUCUAGGCCUAUAGAGCACAGGGUCCACGUCUGGAUUACCCUUUUGUAAAUCCCGCUCAGGUUUUAAAAUAGUUUUUGCUCACCAUUACAAAGAGAACCUAUACCAUUUGCGUAUGAAAAUAAUCUUGCCCAUAAGGGUAGUCCAGAUCUGAAAUUUCAUCACAGCCAUGCCCCCAUUCGUCCCUUCCCUUUUCCUGAAAACAGAUUUACUAGAGCUGUGAGGUCUAGGGUGGCCUGAGAGGUAUGAAAUUAAUAAAAUAUAAUCUUUCACCAAUCAGUUGCACUGCACCGAUGAAUGUGUUGCCAUACAAACUAAAUAAUACAUUAAUUUUAACAUAUAGGUAGGCAAUAAUCAUUUGUAUCUAUUUAUUCUGAUAUCUCUAUUUGUUAAUGUGUUAACUGCAACUUACCUAUUCUGGUAUGAAACAUGCUGAAUACAUUUUCAUUCUUUGGUAUCUGAUGUUGAAACUCUGUGUAGCAAGGUGGUUCCUAAUAUGCAUUUUCUGAUUUACAGUUGUGAUGGAAAAAUGCCACUUCCUUAUUUUAUUUUGUAUUAAACUUUUUUUUUUUUUUUUCUGCAAAGGAAGAAAAGUUGGAAGCCAGUCUACAGCACUUGUCAACCAUGAUGGCUCCAAUCUACAAGAAACUUGCACCUGAUGCAUAUAACAACCAGGUACCUACCUUAAUGAAAUAACUUAGACACUGAUAUAACCCAUAUUAGUAUGAUGUCGGCUAUUAAUAAAAUGUGUCUGUACACACUGUAAAACUGUCUGUUUUUUUCCAUUCUUAGUAGUAUUCAUAGUAGCAAACUAUGGGGUGUAUACUGACAUUGUUAUCCAUAAAGCAUAAACAUCUUUGUUUGUUACUGAACCUUAUUCCUUUUUACUAGCGUUUGUGUGUUUCCUAUAUAUUAAAAUAAUAAAAACUGAUUAAUCUACGUUUCCCCUGGUGUGAUUAAAAAAUGUAUUCCUUCCAUCUUACAAAUUUAGGCUAUAUAAAAUGUUUUUGUACAUGACUUUGUGCUUUGCGUUGCUAAUCUUCAUUUUACUCUCCUCUUCCAGAUUGAGCAUGAGCACAGAGCUCCAGACUGCCGUCUUGGUAUGAAGGAAGGUCGCCCUUUCUCCGGGGUCACUGCCUGCUUGGAUUUUUGUGCUCAUUCCCACAGGGACUUGCACAAUAUGCAAAAUGGCAGCACGCUGGUAAGUAUAAGUGCAAAUGUCAUUGAUGCUAGUUAUUUGGGCGUGAGAGGUCCAGCACAAUACAUAGAAAUUGUCUAGGUGUUUUUGGCAUUAUUAAAAAAUGUAAUGUUCCUUGUUUAUGUAGUGCUUUUUUUUUCUUUUUUUUCUUUUUUUUUACAAAUAAACACUUGUUCUGAGAAAGGGUGCCUUUAUGUUUUAAAAUUUAUCAUAGACUUUGUCACAAACCUGUAGAAAUCAUAUUUCAGAAAAUGGUGGGUGACAUAUCAAUACAUAUAUUUAUGUAUGUUGAUUUAGUAAACACUAGUAUGUACCUAAUAUUUCCUUUUUUUGUAUGCUUGAUAAAUUGUAAUACAUGGUACUUACCAUAAACCUCUAAAGUUAUUGGGAAUAUUCUACAUUCUAUAUUUCUAUAUUAAUUGAAAAAUAUUCUAAGCUAAUAAGCAUAUGCAGUUUGAUUGGCAACAGUAUCAAUUGAAAAAUGUAAACAAAAAAAAGUACCCAAAAACAUCAUUGUAUUGUUCAUGCUUUCAAGACAUAAUUGGAAACAAGAGAAAGUUUGACGUAUUUUUCUGGUAAAACACGUUUUAAACAAAUAAUUAACACUUUGGAAACAGUCUGUUUUCAGUAGAUUAGUCUGUUUUACUUGUAUUUAUUUUUCCAGUAAGCCAAAAAACUGUUUAUGUUCCAUUUCCUCAGGUUUGCACUUUAACCAGAGAAGACAAUCGUGAUAUUGGCAAAUUGCCCCAGGACGAACAAUUGCAUGUCUUACCUCUUUACAAGAUUUCUGAUGUGGAUGAAUUUGGAAGUACUACAGCUCAAGAGGAGAAGAAAAGUUCUGGUGCUAUCCAGGUUCUUUCUCAUUUUCGUAGGCAAGUGAGGAUGCUAGCAGAACCAGUAAAAACAUGUCGGCAGAAGAAAUUGGAGGCCAAAAAGGCAGCAGCUGAAAAAUUGUCUGCAUCUCUUGAAAACGGCAGUAGCAAAAAUGAAAAGGAGAAGCCUUCACGCUACAAGAAUUCACAUCUGGAAACUGCAGCACAUGAGAAACAGCUGGCAGGUAUUGUAUGCCUUUUAGAUCUUUACUACUAUCUGUUUGUCUUAGUCAUGGUUAAAUAAUGUGUCUGAUAUAGUAAUUUUCUACUUAAAGCAGCUCUGUGACCUUCUGGGGUCUUUGCAUGUUUUGCAAAGGCUUUCGAUAGAUACAUCGCUACUUGGUGUGCAGUAUCCCUGGGGUACAGCAGAGGUGAGUUAUACAUACCUGAUACAGUUCCCAAUAGGUGUCACCAUCUUCAAACUUCAGCUCAUGGUGCUUCAUCUGUCAGUAGCUCAAAUCUGUGCUGUGCCCUCCCACAUGCACAAGAGUACAACACUGAAGUCUAUGGAGCAUUCGGUGAGGCUCCUUAGAUAUUUUCUCACAAUAAGUGGGAAAAAAUGCCUUAGUCCCACUUUUGUUGUUUGAGCGUUGAUGUUGAAGUUAGCAAUAUGAGUUUUGUUUGUUUGUAAUACUGUAUGUUUUUUGUUUUUUUUGUAAUUUAUUUACAUUGUAUGCCUGGUUGUCCUCAUGUUGUGCGAUUUAAAUUAAAGCGACAUUACUGGCACCCAUACCAAUUCAUCUCAUUGAAGUGGUCUGGUUGCAGGGUCCCUGUCCUGCUUAGUCCUGAAAUGUAAAAUAUUGCAGUCCAGAUUCGAAAUGCCAGCAAGUCCCCUCUGCACGAAAGGUACAGAAUCCCAGAUAGCCUUCUUUGGGCCUUGUCAGUGAGCUGCCUCUAGUUGCUGUCUACCAGACUUAAUUCAACCUGAUGCCCCUAUGAGUUGAAACGUGAAUGACACAGGCAGCAGGAGUUGAUUGAUAUCCUGGCACCUACUGUCUGCUUCUAUCCCAUGAUUCACUUCUGCUAGACAAAAGGGACAUUAGCUAUAGCCUCCUCUCUAUCAAACCCAGUGCUGACAUGCAGGUAAGCUGAAGGUAAGGAGAUGGCUUUAUCCUCAAUAAAGCUGUCUUUGUAUGUGACUGUGUCCAAAUAUCUAUAUAUAUAUAGAUGAACACAUGACAUAUUAUGCUGUGUCAUAAUUUUUUUUUUUAAACAAAAAUAAAGCCAAAAUGGAGCAACCAUGUACCUGACAGGCAUUGCUAAUCAAAUCGCCUUUGAUUAAUUGAUCAUCAGUAAGUGUGACCACCUAUGUCAAAGCUGAAGUGUUAUCAAGUUGCUGGUCUGGAGCAUUCAUGUGUGUGUUAACACAGUGCCAAGGAGAAAAGACAUCCGCAAUUAUUGUGUACAGUAAUUGUGUAUAGAUUAUCUUAGAGAAGCAAAUGUUGCUGCCCAUCAAACGUGGAAGGGUUAUAAGGCCAUUUUUAAACAAUUUAAAGUCCUUCAUUCUAAAAUUUUAAAAGUGGGAAACUUUCAAGACAGUUUCCAAUCUUCCCAGGUCAGAAUGUGCAAUCCUCAGCGAAAUUGCAACAACAAAAAAAUGUUAAUCUCAGACCCUACAAGUCUCAUUUUUGUGAUAUGUUAACGUUCAUGACAGUAUAAUUAGACUGGAUAAGUAUGGUUUGUUUGGAAGGGCUGCCAGGAGAAAACCCCUUCUCUCUAAAAAGAACAUAGUAGCAUGGCUUGGGUUUGAAAAGUUGCAUCUAAAUAAAGCACAAGACAUAUGGAACAAUGUCUUUAGAACAGAUGAGACCAAAGUGUAGAUGUUUGGCCUUAAUGCACAACACCACGUUUGUGCUGAUAUGCUGUGUUUGGUUUUCACCGAACAAAUCAUACCAACAGUCAAGCAUGGUGGUGGAGGGGUGAUGAUUUGGGCUUGUUUUGCAGCCAAAGGACCUGGGAACCUUGCAGUCAUUGAGUUGACCAAAGUAUUCUACAGUCAAAUGUGAGGCCAGUUAUUGCUGCUAAAGGUGAUUCUACAAGCUACUGAAUCAUAAGGUGUACUUAGUUUUUCCACACAUGGCUUCUCCACUUUGACUUUAUUUAUAUUAAAUCAUAUGCCAUAUGUUGUUGUUCAUCCUAAUUUUAAGCCCUGCUUAGGAACAGAUGAUUAUGUCCUGAUAUGUAAAACCCUAGAAUUGAAAAAGAGUGCCCUUUUUUCACUUGGCUGUAUAUGUGUGUGCAUGUGAAUGUGCAUGAUUAAGUCUAUGUAUGUGUGUGACUGUGUACAUAUGUAACUUGCUGUGUGAUUUUUGUCUAUGUAUGGGACCGGGUGUUUAAUUGCAUAACUUUGUAUGUAUUGCACUGUGUGUAACUAUAUAUUUGUCAAAUGAUUGAUCUGCUAGGUGAAUAUCUAGUUAUAUCUGUAUGUGAGGGUAAAGCAUAGAGGAGUGGGUGUAUAGUCUUAACUUAGUCUUGAUGAUUAAUUUAAUUUAAAGCCUUUAUCAUCACUAUAUCAGAAAUGGCUAUUUUAUAAAGAUAAAUUAUUUAUGAAAUACUCACAUUCACUGUGGUGAAAUUUCACAUGGAAUUUUGCUUGUAAUUUGCCCCAGCCAACACCAGAAAAUAGCUCUUUCCAUGGAGGAGCUUGAGUGAUCCUCCAUAGACCUUAAUGCUGUACUCUUGCAUAUGUGCGAGAGUACAGCGCUGACGUUUGCUCCUGUCGGCUAAAGCACCAGGAGCUAAAGAGGACUGCACAGAAGAGAUCGGCGGCACCCGCAAGGGGCAAAUUCAAUAUAACCUACCUUCACCCUAUGUUACUAGACUCCCAGCAGCGACGCAAAUGUUGGGGGUCACUGCAAAUCAUACAAAGAUCCCAGACGGUGAAAGACCUGCUUUAAUAUGGCAACCUUUUCAGCUUUUAAUGACAUUUAAGCUUUUGUGAUGGCAUAUAAUUCAGAGUAAACAUCUUUUUAUUUUUAUUAUUUGCAGAUCUGUUGAGAAAUUCAAGACCAGUUAUGCAGCACAGUUCCAUUCCUAAUGUCAACCAUACUAAUCCCAUGGCCUCAUUUUCAGGCUCAGAUCAUUAUGCAAGCCUUAUGGAUCUUUUCCAUGCCCCUCCUAACUCAGCAGUUGCUUGUGCCUCCAAUCUCAUGAAUCCUUAUCAAGGAUCAUUAAAUCAAGGUAGCCCAUGUCCUCCUUACCCAUGUAAUGGAAAUGUUCCUAUGGAAAAUUGUUCAAAUUAUAUUGGCCCUUACCCUCCACACCCACCUCCUAUUGACUUAUAUAAGUUUAAAAACCAAGACUCCAUGAAUAAAUUAAGCUUGCCUCCAGUCCAGUCAUUGUACCAGCAGAAGUUCACUAAUAACCAAACAUAUGGCCACAAGUACUUGAAUUAUGGGAACGAGGACAUGCAAGCUGAUAAUUUUAAUGGAUAUGAUCAUAAACUAACUUCUCACCCUGCAGGGCAUUUUAACCCUUAUUCUUUGCAUUCAUCUGAUCAUUUGUUAAUAGAUGGUGCUUCAAAAUCCAAUUUAUUUAAUCCAGAUUACUCCUCCAUGAACAAAAAUGGUGACUUUACCUUUCCACACUCAUACCGGCCUCAUGAGACAUCAAGUACCUUGGAAGGCAGAGCUGGCUCUCUGCAUCCUUAUGGUGAAAAUGGUGAAAUAAGCUCACAUGCAGCCAAUGGAAUAUCAAAAAUGCUUCCAGGUCUAAACCAUGAUAGGACUACGCUUGGAGGCCUCACAAGAACUAAUGGUGCUAAUGUUCAUGAAAAGUUAACACAGGCCACUACUUCAGUACCAGAGGAAAAAGAAGAUGUUUGGUCAGAUAGUGAGCAGAGCUUUCUGGAUCCUGAAAUAGGAGGCGUAGCAGUUGCCCCAACUCAUGGAUCAAUUUUAAUUGAAUGUGCAAAGCGUGAACUCCAUGCUACAACCCCAUUAAAGAACCCCAAUAGGAAUCACCCUACCAGAAUAUCCCUUGUGUUCUAUCAACAUAAAAGCAUGAAUGAGCCAAAGCAUGGCCUGGCGCUAUGGGAGGCAAAGAUGGCAGGUAAGGCCAGGGAAAAGGAAGAGGACUGUGAAAAAUAUGGCCCAGACUAUGUGGCUCCAAAAUCUUACAAGAAAGCAAAGCGAGAACCCAUUGAACCAGCACAUGAGUCUGGCGAACCAGCUUAUCUUGGUUUCAUUAAAUCUCUCUCACAGAGGACAAUGUCACUUACCACAGAUUCACUUGUCAUGUCAUCUCCUUACGCCUUAACACGAGUUACAGGUCCUUACAACAGAUAUAUGUAGUCUGCUGGGUUACCUCAUUUACAUCUAAGUGGUGCAAGAUUUUUUUUACAGGCUAGGCAGUGUGGUUGUGUGGAAUGUGCAUUGUACAGAGGAGAGACAGUAUUUGACUAAACCAAUCUGGGAAUGAAUACCAGCAAUGCAAGUUUUAUAUUUAAUAUCAUUGUUUUCUUCUUUAACUUAGAGAUGGUUACAGGAUGUGUUGAGGAAGAAUGUAAAAUCAUCCUAUGCAAAGGUGUUCAAAAGAUAUUGAAAAACAAAACCGGUUUUAGUGGAUGAAUUAUAAAAGUAUUUUUUUAUCUUUCUCCUCCAAAAAUUGUACAUCUGUGAUCACUUUUAUAGAAAAGAAAUAUAGUGUAUAGCUAGGAGCCAGAGCUGAACUUACUGUAGUGUUUCCACAUCAGGAAUCUUACAAAUAACAUCUGGUGCUGAAUUCCUGUUGUGCUAAGUAAUACUGGAAAUGCAAUUUUUAUUUUAAAUUUUUUUGUUUUGGUUUUUAUAUACGUGGUAUAAAAUUGACCUCCGGUGUAUGUAAGUAGUCUAGAUGCACAGUUUUUAUUAUAGAGGGAGGGAAAACAACAACAAAACACUGAAGAUAUCUGGACAUUCUUUGGAAAGAUUGGUGCUAAAAAGAGUGUCCUUAUAAGUCUAUAUGUUUAAUGCCUUGAAUAACAUACACAAUUUUAAUGAGAAUAAAUUAAUUGAAAAAUUAUUUUUUACAUGUUAACCAAAUCACUCUGCAUUUUAAAAUGUCAGUUUAUAACUCUUUUGAUUUAUAUUCAUACUGUUUU